GCUGUUUUCCCUGCUUGGACACUAGUAGUGUUGACAUUACGAUUCUUACAAAAGUGUGGAUCUGCCCGCGCCUAUCGCUCGCCCGAACCCAGUACUCUCGUUUUCUGCUGUGUACGCGUACGCGCUCUACGUUGCCGCAGCCAUGCCUUCGCUCAUUCGCUCGCUCGCGCUCCUCCCUGCCCUGCUCUCGGGCAUCGCCCACGCCGUCAACCCGGUUGAAGUCCGUGGCCAGGACUUCGUGGAUACUGUUACCAACAAGCGGUUGAUGAUUGUUGGUGUCGACUACCAGCCUGGAGGUCAAGCCGGAUACAAGCCUACCUCGAAACAAGAUGCCCUCACAGACGCCGAUGUGUGUCUUCGUGAUGCGGUGGUUAUGCAGAAGCUGGGUGUGAACACUAUCCGUGUCUACAACGUCGACCCUACUCUCGACCACUCCGAGUGCAUGUCCAUCUUCAAUGCCGCCGGUAUCUACCUGAUCCUGGACGUCAACUCGCCUCUCUCCGGUGAGAGCAUCAAUCGUGCCGAGCCAUGGACUUCGUACCACAAGGACUAUCUGAACCGCAUCUUCGGUGUUGUCGAGAACUUCAAGAACUUCCCCAACACUCUUGCCUUCUUUGCUGCCAACGAGGUCAUGAACGACCUUUCCACUGCCGAGUUCAACCCCAUGUACAUCCGUGCAGUGCAGCGCGACUUGAAGAACUACAUCAAGAACCACGUCGAUCGUUCAAUUCCUGUCGGUUACUCUGCCGCCGACGUGCGUGAGAUCCUGCACGAUACCUGGGCUUACAUGCAGUGCUCGCAUGACGAUGACCAGUCUUCGUCUGACUUCUUUGGCCUCAACUCGUACAGUUGGUGCGGUGAGGGUGACAUGCAGAGCUCCGGCUACACGGAUCUCGUCACCAUGUUCAAGAACUCUUCCAUCCCAGUCUUCUACUCCGAGUACGGCUGCAACGAGGUCAAGCCCCGCGUCUUCACCGAGGUUGAGGCUCUCUACGGUGAACAGAUGACUUCGCUCAGCGGUGGUCUGGUCUACGAGUACUCCCAGGAAGAGGCAGAUUACGGCCUUGUCGUUAUUAACGAGAACGGCACUCUUUCCCUCCGUGAGGACUUCGAGAACCUCCAGGGGCAGUUCAACAGGCUGGAUCUCGGCCUCAUCCAGUCGACCAACUCAUCCGGCUCUAUCCAGCCUCCUGAGUGCAGCAUGGAUCUGAUCACAGCUGAAGAGUUUAGCACAAACUUCACUAUCCCAGCCGUCUGCCCUGGAUGCGCCGACAUCAUCAAGAAUGGCAUCAGCAAGCCUAUUAAUGGCAAGCUUGUCGAUGUGACUAACACCAAGCCUUCGCAGGCCGUGUACGGAGUCAACGGCGCCGAGAUCCAGGGCCUUGAGCUCACGAAGCUCACCGAGGCAAACACUCCGGGCGGUUCGAAUUUCAGCUCGGGCACAGCAUCUGGCACAGCUAGCGGUACUGCGGCUCAGCCAUCGGCGACAAAGACUGGUUCUGCUAGUAGUAUGUCGAUGGGUGGCUGGUGCAGUAUGAUCGCUCUUGGUGCCAUGCUGACAGCUAUGCUCAACUAGAUGAGAAGACCACUCCCGCGCUGACGCCAACCCCGAUACCGACACCGACGGUAAAGGGCGACGCGCUGAAGCUUGACGAGACCAAAUUGCUUUGGAUCACACCGUUGAUGAUUUGGAUCGUUGGAAACUAAGCCAUGUCAGCACCAAGCGCAUUCUGUUUUACGC